AUGUUAGAAAAUUCUCAUUUAUUUCUUCACUUUCAAUUUAUUUUUUCUAUUUACUCUUUACUUCUAUUUUCUUUCUGUCUUUUUCUUCCUUUCUUUUUUCUUUCUUUCUGUCUUUUUCCUUCUUUUUUUCUUUAUUUUUCAUCUUUCUUUUUCUUUCUUUUCUCUUUCUUUCUGUCUUUUUCCUUUUUUUUUCUUUAUUUUUCUUUCUUUUCUUUUUCUUUUUUUUUUCUUUCUUUCUGUUUUUUCCUUCUUUUUUCUUUAUUUUUCAUCUUUCUUUUUCUUUUUUUUUUUUUCUUUUUCUUUCUGUUUUUUUUCUUUUUUAUUUUAUUUUCAUCUUUCUUUUUCUUUCUUUUUUCUUUCUUUCUGUCUUUUUCCUUCUUUUUUUUUUUUAUUUUUCAUCUUUCUUUUCUUUCUUUUUUCUUUAUUUCUGUCUUUUCCUUCUUUUUUCUUUAUUUUUCAUCUUUCUUUUUUUCUUUUUUUUUCUUUCUUUCUGUCUUUCCUUUUUUUUUUUUUUUUUUUCAUCUUUCUUUUUCUUUCUUUUUCUUUCUUUCUGUCUUUUUCCUUCAUUUUUUUCUUUUAUUUUUCAUCUUUCUUUUCUUUUCUUUUUUCUUUCUUUCUGUCUUUUCCCUUCUUUUUUCUUUUAUUUUUCAUCUUUCUUUUUCUUUUCUUUUUCUUUCUUUCUGUCUUUUUCCUUCAUUUUUUCUUUAUUUUUCAUCUUUCUUUUUUUUUUUUUUUCUUUCUUUCUGUCUUUUUUCCUUCUUUUUUUUUUCUUUAUUUUUCAUCUUUCUUUUCUUUCUUUUUUUCUUUCUUUCUGUCUUUUUCCUUCAUUUUUUUUUUUAUUUUUUUCAUCUUUCUUUUUCUUUCUUUUUUUUUUUUCUUUCUGUCUUUUUCCUUCUUUUUUCUUUAUUUUUCAUCUUUCUUUUUCUUUUCUUUUUUCUUUCUUUCUGUCUUUUUCCUUCAUUUUUUUCUUUUAUUUUUUCAUCUUUCUUUUUCUUUCUUUUUUCUUUCUUUCUGUCUUUUUCCUUCUUUUUUUCUUUAUUUUUCAUCUUUCUUUUUCUUUCUUUUUUCUUUCUUUCUGUCUUUUUCCUUCAUUUUUUUCUUUAUUUUUCAUCUUUCUUUUUCUUUCUUUUUUCUUUCUUUCUGUCUUUUUCCUUUUUUUUUUCUUUAUUUUUCAUCUUUCUUUUUCUUUCUUUUUUCUUUCUUUCUGUCUUUUUCCUUCAUUUUUUUCUUUUAUUUUUCAUCUUUCUUUUUUUUUUUUUUUUCUUUCUUUCUGUCUUUUUCCUUUUUUUUUUCUUUAUUUUUCAUCUUUCUUUUUUUUUCUUUUUUUUUUUCUUACUGUCUUUUCCUUCUUUUUUUUUUUUUUUUUUCAUCUUUCUUUUUCUUUCUUUUUUCUUUCUUUUAUUCUCUUUCUUCUUUCUUUCCUUUUUUUUCUUUCUUCCUUCUUUUCUUCUUUCUUUCUUUCUUUCAUUCUUUCUUUUUUCUUUAUUUUUCUUUCUUUACUUCUUUCUUUCUUCUUUAUUUCUUUUCUUCUUCCUUUUUUCUUUCUUUUUUUUCUUCUUUUUCCUUUUCUCGCCUUUUCUUUGUUCGUUCUCUUUCUAUCUGCCCAUCUACCUCAGUAAAUUUCUAUCUAUCUAUCUAUCUAUCUAUCUAUCUAUCUAUCUAUCUAUCUAUCUAUCCUUCUGCUUAACUCAAUUCUCUUCAUCUAUCUAUCUAUACUUCUGUUUUACGCUACUCCUUUCAUCUAUCUAUCUAUCUAUCUAUCUAUCUAUCUAUCUAUCUAUCCCAAUUUAUUUAUUCCCAUCUCGUUCUAUUCACAUAUAUCUAUCUAUCUAUCUAUCUAUCUAUCUAUCUAUCUAUCUAUCUAUCUAUCUAUCUAUCUAUCCCAAUUUAUUUAUUUCUAUUCACAUCUAUCUAGCGAGCUAG